AUGGGUCGUUCAAAGUCUGCUCUUCGCGCCUCUCGCGAAAAGAAAGCUGAGUCCAAGGCUGCAGGUAUCAACCACAACAAGCGUCUUGCGAUGGCCCUGAAGGCAAAGGGGGCCCCUCGUCCCAUUUGGGAUCCGCCGAGAAUGUCCGUUACGCCUUCGCCCAAGAAGUCUGAGCCAGCUUUUCGCAAAGUCAAAGCUGAGCCAAAGUCUCCCGAGCCAUAUUCCGGACCGACUCUUCGCUCCUCGACUGCUUCCGCUGCCGUCAAAGCUGAGAAGCCACAUCCUGGGAGAACUCUUCGCUCCCACACCACUUCGUCUGCCGGUAAUGUUAAGAAAGAGCCGUACACCGGACCGACUCUCCGGUCUUCUGCCGCUUCCCAUGCCAACAACAUCAAGAAAAUUCAGAAAAUCAAGGAUGAGAUGUCUUCUGAGUCGGUUGACGGACCGACUCUUCGCUCGUCAACUAUUUCCUCUGCCGCUGAAGUCAAGAAGGAGCAGUAUUCCGGGCCGACUCUUCGGUCCUCCACCGCUUCCUCUAACCGUGGAGCCAUUCAGAAAAUUAAGGACGAGCUGUCUUCCAAGUCGUCUUCCAAUUCAGCCUCUGACUCCAUUAUGGCUGUCAAUAGCUCAGAACCUCAUGACGAGCCCAAGCCUCAGCCUGAGGCCGAGCAUGAGAACGACCCUGAGCAAGAGGCUGAGCCCAAGGUUAAGCCUGAGCCUGGAAGGGCCCAAAGAACCACGGCCAGAGCCCACUGUACCGACUUCCGCAAAUGUAUCAGAUGUGGCGUUUGGGGCUUCGAGUACCCUCCUCUGCAUGUCGUCGAGGAGGAAGAGGAAUUUUGAGAUGUUGGGGUGAUGGUUCUUGCAUGAAGAAAUGGAGAAGUCUCUCCGCGGCCGAUGUCGAAGCGUUGUUGCACCUACCAUCGACAAGUUAUCAUUACACUCAUGACAAUCAUUUCGCCCACCAUUUCGCCCUCCUGGGUCCACAGUCAGUGCUGUAUGGCAGGAAAGAUAUGUACUCGUAUAUAACGGUACAGGAACAAUUUGUUUUGGGAGAAG